AUGGCGACACCACAACUCACCCAGGCGGAGAGAGACUACCAGCUCGCCCGCCCCAAUGAGAACUGGGCGCAUGGCUUGUCCACCUAUCGGAUAAUUAUCACGGUCAUCGUCGAGCUCGCCAUCGUCCUCCGUAUGUGGGGACGGAGGCUACAAAAGAUCGCGCUUAGAGCCGACGACUACGUUCUCAUUCUCGCUGGGGCUGGGUAUGCAGCAAAUAUCAUCUAUGCCCUCGCAUUCUCAGUAUCCCGAAUAUCGCUCAUCCUGCUAUACAAGCGGGUGUUUGUGAAGCGAUGGUUUGCGUACGUGUGCUGGUUCAUGAUCUUCGCGUACAGCAGUUUCGCCACCGCAGUGCUGAUCCGCGAGAUCUUCAAUACGCUACCAAUAGCCGCACAGUUGGAUAAGAAGGUCAAAGUCGAGCAUUCGAUUAAUGUCAGCAAGUAUCUUUUUGCCAUCCACGGCUUCAAUCUGGGGUCUGAUCUGAUUCUCCUCAUUCUGCCGCUUUUCAUCAUCUGGAGUUUGCAGGCGAGGAAGUUGACGAGGCUGGGGAUCAGUUUCAUCCUCUGUUUGGGAACUCUGACUUUGAUAUCUGCUACGAUGCGGCUGUAUUAUGCUAUCAAAUACAAAGACUCGAAAGAUCCUGGCUGUGAUUCUUCCUCUCCAGGGACCGGCAAAAACGGCAGCUACUGGACCGUAACAGAACUCUCCCUCGGCCUCCUAUGCCCCUGUCUCGUCACCUUCCAACCAAUCAUCAUACACUUCUACCGCGCAUGCCUAUUGCGCCUCUCCCCGCACCAGCGCAAUCGCAUCUCUCGCAUCACCUGCGUGGAAUACGAAGACCCGUCCGACUCCACGCUCGGGGACCGAGGGAACCGCCUGGGUUCUGAUGAAGAGGGACAUCGCAAGGGGAAGGUUGAUGGUGUUCCCUCUUCUCACUCUAUCCCCUCAGAUGCGAUGGCUAGGGAGCGUGGUGUUUAUGAGGAUAAAUCGCAUUCGCGGGCGAAGAGGAGGGGCGGUGGCGAUGAAAAUGGCAGGGCUAUCAAUCAGGAUACAGCGCUGCACCUUCAAGAGGAGAUGGGGUCGAGUGAUCUGCCGGGUUGA